AAUAUUGCCUUAGCAUACGUUAAAUUUCAUUCCUUUUUCAUACUGUGCUUCAUUUAAUUCAACAUCUCUGCAUAGUACCGGAACUAUUCGCGAGCGUAUCGUUUCGAGCAUCGCGUCGUUCUGCAGAUGAGCGGGGAGCCUUCCCAACAGAGGCAGGAUGCUGCCGCCGAUCAACGUUUAGGUCUGGGUGCUUUGAAACCUGAUUCAUACACCGCCAAGCGGUUGCAACAUGCAAACCCAGAACAUCUUCAUUUGACGACGCGCAGAUGCUUUAUCGGUCCUCUACCGGCAGGGUGGCUGAGAACUCACCGACGCGAGUGGUAUAAACAUUACCUCCUUCUGGACCAUUCCACCAAAACUGCGUCCUUCACCGCGGACGAAAAUGUUUCUCGACAACGGCGCCUCACGGGUCUGGAAGGGCCGAGCACUAUGGCCAUGUAUGGACACAGCUUCCCGCAACCCGAUGGGCUCGAGUCAGACGAAGCUGAAGGCGAUAUUGGAGACGAAGCAGAGGAUCCAGAUGGAGGAGGCGAAGAUGCAGAAGUCACCAAUGAACAGCCACCAGCAGUACCCGUUCCACGAUCCCGGACCAUUGAGCCAGGAGAGACGGACCCCGAGACAGCAAACCGAGGAGAUGAUACAGCAAUUCCCACAGACCAGAAGGUUCUGAGCGUCGAUGACCAAGAAACUUCAGAUCCGCCCGCACAGCCCGUCUCGUUCGAAACAAGGCCUCAGCUUAUCAAGAAUGGCCCGUCGACUCAGAGCGCAGACGAGCUCUCCUUUGUGACUGCAAGAGAAGAUGGACUGAAUCGAAGAUCCUGGAAGAAAGGCCUUGCGCCGCCGGAGCCUUUGGAGGAAGCUAGUUCAUCAAGAGAUUCCCCUAGUGGAAAGGUACCAUCGCAGCCUGAGGAGUUUGAGCCCAGUACGCUCCAGAGUUCAAUAACGGCCGACAGUGCGGGCCAAAAUGGCUCUUACAUUGGUGACACGCCGCUUUUUGCUGGCGCGACCAACUCGACUGCUUCUCUCUUAGAUCACGGAACGCGCAAUGGAGAAUCACUCGGUACAUCCCAGACUGACGAACCUCCCGCUGUUGCAAAAGGAAAGAACCCUCUGUCAAAAAUUACAUCGAAGCGAUCAAAGUCCCAGUCAAGAGCGAGUGACAACUCAGGUGCGGAAGAGCCUGUUCCAACGACUACGCCUGAGACCAAGAAACGCCAUGGUUCAGGAUUUGUGCAUUUCGAUCUCCCAAAGCGAAAUGAGCAUGCGGCGCGAUUAAUGGUAGCUCAAAUGGGCCGAAGACGCUCUCUUAGGCAUCGUCGGAAUAAGCAACAUGAUGGCGAAAUUGUCAAGGUCGAAAAGAUGCUGGUGCGGGUCGAUUCUACGAUGCAGCAGCUACCAGGCGAUUUCAAUGAAAACGAUAGUUUCAAGACUGAAAGCCGACCGGUUGAGAAGUGGAGGGAAUUCGUGGUUGCAUGUCGGCAAGGAGUUGAUGAUGAGGCCGACUUUUCCCUCCAGAUGUACCAAAGCCGAGUCAUACCGGUGGUUGACAAGUCGCACGUCAAAAAGAGGGCAAAACAUGAGAUUCCUCUAAAUCCCAAGACGACAAAAGUCAACCUCUUCUCUUCCUUGGAUAAGACCGUUGUCGUCUGGGUUCCAUGGAAAUCCGGAACGAGAUUUUAUAUUAUGCGUCCUCGAUCUGCCGCAAAUUCAGUGGAGUGGUAUACAUUCUUACGCAGCGUCUUGGGCAAGCAUCGGUCGCAUCGAUUGCAGAUCAACAUUCCGGACCUCAGUGUCACUAUCCGCCUAGACAAUCCAUUCUUGACUCUCGAGAAGUCGCAAGGUGCAGCCCGGGCGGCCGAAGGCGAUGCCGGAGCCAUUGCCGAAAUGAUGGCGGAGGAACGUGCUGUGGCAGGAAGAAUCAUAGAAAGGUGUCUUGAAACUGUCAGGGGUCUCCCAGAGUGGGCUAAUGUUGUCGACGUCUGGAUAAAGUCGGAGAAACUGGGCUUAGCUUGGAAACGAUAUGAUCGGCUCGAAUGGAUUCAUGGCAGCAACGAACAAAAGAUGUAUGGCACAAUCGCUAUGCUGAAGUCGCAUGAACUGGAGUUACGCCCCAAGCAACAUUACGCUACAUCUGCUACCGACAGCGAUGGCAGUUCAAUUGUAGAGCCGCCGCCUAUUGAAGGCUUUCUCAUCCGGCUGACCUCCCAACGAGGGCUCGACCAGCGGUUAGGAAGGAUGUACUUCAAACGUUUAUAUUUCACUACCCACAAUCAGUAUCUUUGCUUUUGCCGGCCUUCAAAAGCUCGACCCCCACCUCCGCCAAUUUUCCCGAUGAGCGAAAGCUCAAAGGUCCCUACGGCAAACCAGAUUACGAAGAAGAUUCCGCUCAUCUACGCCGUGGAUCCGUUUGCCAUGGACAAUGGACAGAUCUCAUGGUUGAAGUCGGACGUCGCUGAGACGAUUGAAAAGCAUGACGCAGAUUGCUGUGACGAGGCGCAACGGAAAUUUGAAACCCUUCUUCACUGCGAUGGUUUUAUAAACCUUUGCCACGUAGUUAGGGUUCGCAAUGUCGUCCGUGGUGCCACUCCGGCUGAUCGGAACAUUGAUGAAGGAGAAGACGUUGAUUUCCAUACCGAUGUAGCUGAUACACACCGAGACGACGGCUCUACUGGGCAAUUUGAUGAUGAUCGAACAUUUGAAUUGCUUAUGAAAAACGGGCUUGUUGUCCGUCUUCAAGCAUAUGAUAAAGUUACCAAGGCUGAAUGGAUGACACGUCUCAGACUCCUUAUAAAGUAUUGGAAACUUCGAACAACGACCGAUUUGGAACUUUUUAAGAAAGUGCGCCGGGAAAAUCUGCAAGAACUCAAGAUUGAUGAGCAGAGCGAGGCUCUUCUAGGCCAGUUCGCACAGAAAUGGGAGGUGACAAGGUCUGUAGCAUCACCAGAAUUAUAUAAUAUGUGCCCUAUCUCGGCAUGUCGAACAAUAUCGAUUUCGGGAGUUCUCUACAGAAAGCCGCGCCGUCAUUCAACGUUUGCACGCUGCGAAGUAAUCCUUUCCAACGGCCGGUUACUCAUUUUUCAUGAUUCCCUUCGCAAGCGUACUGGCGCGGAAAUUCCAUCUACACAUCAUGAACGGCAAGCCGCCAUUGAUUUGAGGGACUGUUAUAUUUACAGUGGUUUGAUCGCUGAAGGCGACCUUCUAUACCAAGAUCGAACCUUUGACAGCAACAAUCCUGGUCACUCCGCGCUUCCACGUAUUUACUCCGACGAUGGCUGGACCUCGCGAGAUGAAGACACCAUGACGUGCUUCGUCAUCUGGCAUCCGACAAAGAAGUCGAUAGUCAAAGCCAAAGACGAUGGAAAGCCAGAUGGCAAGCGCCAACAUCUCAAAAGAGUAUCCAGACUCGGAGUUUCUGGCAGAUCCAUUGUUUUCAAGGCACGAAGUCGCGCCGAGCGAGACCAUUGGGUUCUCAGUAUAGGGCUUGAAAUCGAACGGCUUCAGGAGGCUGAGCAAAUCAGGCUCGUAUCAGAGUAGCUCCCUUGGGCGAUUUGAAUUAUCCUUUUCACUUCUAGCUGUAUUAGCAUUUUUUCCCAUCCUUGCACAGUAGGGUUGCUGGUGCGUACAUAUAUAUAUACCCACUCUUCGGAAUGCCUUUUCUUUCCUGGGGCUUUCAUCUAUACUAUUAUAAUCCUCCUUCCUGUACCGUAUUCUUUGUAUCUUUUAGCCCAGGAAAAUAUGAAAUAGUCCGGUGCCAGGCAAU